AUGCAAACUAAGGCAGAGAUGCAAUCGGGUUUAGGCAUAGGGAGGUUAAAUUCUGCGUCCAUCACUAUCUUUUCUUUUCUUUUAGGAGGUGUAUGUUCUGGUAUGGCUGGUUAUGUUGGCAUAUGGGUUUCUAUACGUGCUAAUAUAGAAAUUUGUGAUGGUGGUUUCUCUGUCUUGGUGGUGGUUGGUAUGGUUGUUAUUGGUGUUGCAAUCAUGUAUGCCACAUUCUAUGUUUGGUUAGGUGUGGACACACCUGGAUCAAUGAAGUUUAGUAAGGAACCUGGUAAACACUUAGAGGAAUGCAAGCUUAAGGUCGUGUAUAUUGCUCUUCAGGGGAAUAACAAUUCCGGUGAUGCUCCCAAAAAGAAUUCUGAUCCUAACUCUGGGGAAGGGGGGGUUUGUUUCUCCAGAGAAGCCAAGUUGGAAUUUUUGAAGCAGAAGAGGCUUCAACGGAUGCAAACAGACACAUUAAAUAAUGACAUUGCAUAUGUGACUAAUCUGAUGUCUAGAAGCAAUGGAGAUGCCUUAAGAGAUCCCGCAUCCUGUGAAUGUCCAGUAUAUUCCCCAAGUAAAGAAGAGUUCCAGGACCCUUUGGCUUUUCUCCAAAAAAUUGCCCCUGAAGCUUCAAAAUAUGGUAUACGCAAGAUUGUUUCCCCUUUGAGUGCCUCUGUUCCAGCUGGCAUGGUUUUGAUGAAAGAGAAAGUUUGUUUUAUGUUUACUACAAGGGUGCAGCCCCUUCGUCUUGCUGAGUGGAAUACUGAUGAUAAAGUCACAUUUUUCUUGAGUGGAAGAAACUCAAGCAAACUUGAUGAUAACUCUUUUCUCGAUCUUCUUGGUGAAAAUGCCACUUUAACAGAGUGUGAGCAUGAUUCUGGGAUCACCAACGCAUUUAUAUCAUCAAUGUGUGCUUCACCUGAUCUAAUAUUGCAGCAUUUCCUGGAAGUUAUAUCUAUUUCACAUAAACUAAGAUUAGAAAGGGCAGUUGAUGAUCAAAUCAAAGGGGAUUCAACAAACUCUUCUGAAGCAUUCUCUUGUUUUCUGAAGCAGGCUCCAUUUUAUGUGGUGUUUCCAGCUAUUAUAAGCUUUGGAUGCUUGUAUUUGUCCAAGUCAUCCAACCUUCAGGACUUGCUGAUUGUCAGAUAUACAAGGGUUGGAACUUGUUUUAUAGGAUUGUCAGAUAUACAAGGGUUGGAACUUGUUUUCCUCAAACUAAAAAAAUCGUCCCAUGCAUCAUCAACAGAACCCUCAUCCGAGCCUCUUCCUGUGUUGUUGCUGCUUCUCUCUCCUUCCUUCGUGCAAACUACACAUCAAAUCUCUUUAUCAUUAUUAUUAUAUUCUCUUAAAAUAAAAAGUAAGCGCAUGUAUGUAUAUACCUUGUCAGUGGCAAAAGCUACGGUGUUCCCACAUUCAACAUCUGUUAUUGCUGACCUUGUUGUUCAUCAGUUGGAAUUAAUAACUGAUCUUCUUGGGACACCAUCAACAGAUACCAUUUCUGGAGUAUGA